ACCUCCUACAGCCGACCAACACCCACGUCGAGUCUUGAGAUUUCCUCCAAAAUUUGCACUGUCUAACUGGACCUGCUAGCCAGCUGUCAAAAGGGACACUUCAGAAGUGAAAAUAUUGAUUUUCUCGAUUCUUAUUGGGAACGUUGUUUUCUUUAGUUUUAUUAUUUGCUACUGUUGCGUUACUUUCUACAUAGCUUUUUCCCCUUAUCUAUACAAACACGCGUACGCGCAAAACCCUGAUAAACUCAAAUAAAUAUGAGUGAGGACGUCGAUGCGCUUGAGAUGGACUCCGGACCCGAUUCAGAUGCGGAGGGGGAGACAGAGCUGGAGGGAGAAGUGGUGUAUGCUCAAGAGUUUCUGCCAACCUAUCAAUCAAUAGAGGAGGGGGAGUCAGUGGCCACAGUGGAGCAGGCAGAGUUCAACGGCAAGUCAGACUCCUUGUAUUUUAAUGACGGAAAGAGAAGGAUUGAUUUUGUGUUGGUGUACGAUGAUGAAGAAAAGAAGGAAUACGAGAAAAGGCACAUCUUUCAGAGACGGAAAAGAAGGAGAGAGUAUUUUGAAGCCAGUUUGAUGAAGAUGGGGCUGGAGCUGGAAGCAACAACAUCCGUUGUGGAUGAAAAGAUGAUGUUUGUGAAGGUCCACAUGCCCUGGGACGUGCUCUGCACCUACGCAGAGGUGCUGCACAUCAAGCUGCCCAUAAAGCUCAACGACCUGGCGCCCAAGACCUCCCGCUUCAGCUGGUUCACCAAGUACUUCUACCCCAACCCGGACCUGAUCUCGGCCGAGGCCGAGUACUUCACCGCCCCCUUCGAGAAGGACAGGCUGGACUGCUUCUGCAUCAAGGACCAGGACGACUUCUUCACUCCGUCCAUGAGGAGCCGAAUGGCUUAUUACAUCCUCAGCCGCGCCCCUUAUGAGGUAAGGGGGAAUGUGAAGAAAUUUGGCAUCAACAAACUGCUGGAUGGAGCAGUGUACAAGGCUGCCUACCCUCUGCAUGAUUGUAGAUUCAACGUGAAGUCCACAGAAGAAGAUUGUCCCAAUGAGAGAUACCUACUGUAUAAAGAGUGGGCCCACCCCAAAAGUUUCUAUAAGAUGCAGCCAUUGGACCUUAUACGGAAGUACUAUGGAGAGAAGAUUGGCAUUUACUUUGCCUGGCUGGGCUUCUACACAGGAAUGCUGGCGUUCGCGGCUGUGGUAGGGCUGGCCUGCUUUAUCUACGGCUUCAAGACACAGGACAGCAGCACCUGGAGCAAGGAGGUGUGUGACCCGCAGAUUGGAGGAGCCAUUGUGAUGUGUCCGCAGUGUGACAGAGAGUGCGGCUACUGGAGGCUCAACUCCACCUGUGAAUCCUCCAAAAAACUCUGCAUAUUUGACAAUUUUGGAACUUUGGUGUUUGCAGUUUUCAUGUCAAUUUGGGUCACCUUGUUCCUGGAGUUCUGGAAGCGGUACCAGGCGGAGCUGGAGUAUGAGUGGGACACGGUGGAGUUCCUGGAGCAGGAGGAGCAGCCCCGCCCCGAGUAUGAGGCGAAGUGCACCUACGAACGAGUCAACCCCAUUACAAAGGCAAAAGAGAAGGUUCCUUACACUACGUGUGGGAAGUGUGUGAGAGUGUCCUUGGGAAUCGGGACUGUCUUGUUCUGGAUUUUGCUGAUCGUGGCGUCGGUGGUGGGGGUGAUCGUGUACCGGCUGGCCGUGUUCUUCACCUUCUCGGCGCGGCUGCGGCAGGACCUGAAGAACCUGGAGCCGCUGCGGGAGUACGUCACGCCGCAGAUGGCCACCUCCGUCACCGCCUCCCUCAUCAGCUUCAUCGUCAUCAUGGUCCUCAACUACGUGUACGAGCGGGUCGCCAUCUGGAUCACUGACUUUGAACUGCCGAGGACAAAGACGGAGUACGAGAACAGCUUGACCCUGAAGAUGUUUCUCUUCCAGUUCGUUAAUUAUUACUCCUCCUGCUUCUACAUCGCCUUCUUCAAGGGGAAGGUGGUGGGUUUCCCUGGAGAGCCUGUGUACUGGCUGGGAAAGUACAGGAAUGAGGAGUGUGACCCAGGCGGCUGUCUGAUUGAGCUGACGACCCAGCUGAGCGUCAUCAUGGGAGGGAAGGCCAUCUGGAACAACAUCCAGGAAGUGCUCCUUCCGUGGGUGAAAAAUCUGAUUUUCCGGUACUGCACAAGUGUGAGGACGGAGAAGGUCAUUCCCCGGUGGGAGCAGGACUACCAGCUGCAGCCAGUGGGGAAACUGGGACUGUUCUACGAAUAUCUGGAGAUGGUGAUCCAGUUUGGCUUUGUGACGCUGUUUGUGGCCUCCUUCCCUCUGGCGCCCCUCCUGGCCCUCCUCAACAAUCUCUUCGAGAUCCGGGUCGACGCCUGGAAGACCACCACGCAGUUCCGCCGAGUGGUUCCGGAAAAGGCCCAGGACAUCGGAGCCUGGCAGCCCAUCCUCCAGGGUGUCGCCAUUCUCGCUGUGGCAACAAACGCCAUGAUUAUUGCUUUCACAUCUGACAUGAUCCCACGGUUGGUGUACUAUUGGUCUUUCUCUGUAAAUUCAUACGACGGGAUCGAGAGAACGAACACCAUGGAGGGCUACAUCAGCAACACGCUCUCCAUCUUCAACGUUAAAGACUUUUCAGAGCGGAGCAAACCUAACAACUUUACAGUCUCCUGGUCUCACAACAUCACCACCUGCAGGUAUCGAGAUUUUAGGCACCCACCUGGACAUUCAAAACAAUAUGAACACAAUAUUUACUAUUGGCAUGUAAUAGCAGCCAAACUGGCUUUCAUUAUUGUUGUGGAGCACAUUGUGUACCUCACAAAGUUCAUCCUGUCCUACAUCAUUCCUGAUGUGCCCCUCUUGGUGAAGGAGCAGAUCAAGCGAGAGAAGUACUUAACUCAGGUCAUUGUGCACGAAGCCAAGCUGAAAAUGGCCACCAAGCGCAUGAAACCUGUGUUGGAGAAGCUGUUGGACCACAGCGAGGCAGAGACAGCACUUGACCUGCAUCUGUGACUUCGGGGCCAGACUGGAGUUCAGACUGAGGGGGGAAACGCAAGUCGUUAACGUAACACAAUGUAAGUGGACCGCAUGGGAGAACUUGCUAGAAUCGCAGUGUAGCGAACUGUUGAAAGUUAAAGUGAUGGUUUGAUAGUCAUUGCCAAAAACCUGAAAUCACCAUACAAGAAUGGGAUUUAAGUAUAUUUACCACUCCUGAAAUCUGCUUCCUAAUUUCAGAGCUACUCUAUAAACUGAAAAUGGACUGUUAACUUUUGUUAAUUACCUUACAUUGUGUUAUGUUAUGUCAUGCUACGUAAUGUUAUGCACUGUAGUCUGUUAAUCCUAGAGGGCAUUUCUCCACUAAUCAAGAAUACUUAGCUAAGGCAUACUAACACAGAAGCCUUACUUGGUCAAAGUCAAAUGUGGUCAAAGUUUAUACCAAGUGUAACUUGAUAAUGUUUUCAUUAAGUAUGUAUAAUGGUAAUUGUUGUGUGUCCUAACAGCUGCCAUAGUGAUAUAUUGUAGAUAUUCAUGUGCAUGGUUUCAUUUUUACAUAACAUAUCUGUGUCACUGUGUGUCAGCUGCAAGAAUGUGUUUUUAAUGAAUGCUUCAACAUAGGUAAGUAGUAAUAUUCAUGUGUUCUUUCUUAAGGCCUCUAAGCCUCUAACCAGUGUCUGAAAAGAAUUUUCUGCUUUAGGUUACUACAAGUAAUCUAACAUACAAAAAUGAUUUAGUGUAAAAAAGUGACAGCCAUGCUCACAUAUAAUGUGAGUUACUAUUUCUUUCAGAUGAUAUGUCUUCUUUUAGAAAAACUGAGCCAAAUGACAAGUUUACAAGCAAAACUACAUGUACAGAUAGUGGGAGAGCAGACAAGCAACUUCAAGUGACAUAGUUUACCUUUGUAUACUGACAACCAUUAUGAAGUGUUACGUAGAUCACUUUGAUAUGUAGGUCACUUUUAAUCUGACAUUAAUGUAUGUAGUUAUCACACAGAGUGGACUUUGCGAUGUCUCGUUGAGGUUAAAAGAGUGUCAUGAGGAAAAGACAGUGAGGUCAGUGUGAGGCAAUCUCAGGGAUAUGGAUUUCUGUGGAAGAACCACAGGGUCAGUCAGGUUCCAUUCUGAUCCAUCCAGGAUUCAAAAUUAAGUGCAAAACAGGCAGUAAUGCAAUGCACCCCACACCACCCACACUGGCAGGCCUGUUACAGGAUCAGUUUGCUAGAACCAGGGUCAGUAUCUGAUAGCAAGCUGUUUCCUACUAAUGUCCAGAUCCACAAAAACUCCUGACAGAUGGUGUACACUGCUGGUUGUGUAGACCAGUCUGUCUGAGAGAUUGUUGAACUUGUAUGCAAAAUCAUACAUUUUUCUGCUUUCGCUACAGAAUAUUUUCUAAACUCUUUUCUGCUCCUACUACCACAUGCAAAGCAAGCUCGCAAUAGUUACAGCUUAAAGAAUGCCACCUUUUGAGGAGACAUUAACACAGAAGAAGAAAGAUUUGCUAUUCACAAUAAAUAGGGGAAGCAUGAUGACUAUAGCAACAGUAACCAUUUACAUUUGAGGCGUACAGUUUGAAAGCCAAGCUAUGUCUUCCUGUGAGUACUUAGCAAACUCUCAGAUAGAUCAAAGUACUGCACUGUCAGAAGACAAUGCAAAAAUGUAUCUCUUCCCCAAUUUUAAUACACUUCUGAGUGCGGUGUUUAAGCGUUAUAGGUGUCUGGGCUAUUGACUUGUGCUGCCUCACUCAUAUUCUGUUAAAUUCUAACCUUUCUUUAUUAUACAUGUAAAAUGCUCUGUCAAAACCACUGUCUAGCUUUGAACUUCUUUGUCUUCAUUGUCACUUACCUCCUCCGUGUCCAUCCCAGCUUGUACAUUUUGCAUGUUAGAAUCAGUUACUGACAAGUUACUAGUUACUGACGUUUUCUUUUUUUUGUGCAGUAACCUUUACCUGUGGUAUGUAGAGAAGAGCCUUAUGUGGUACUCGAAUGCACUAGAAAUUUUACUAACAGUCACGAAAUUGUCAA